AUGACCGUCUCCGAGAGCAAGGAGCUCAGAGGGCUCAACCUUAUUGCAGCUCACUCCCAUAUCCGCGGUCUUGGGGUCGACAGCACAACAUUAGAACCCAGAGCGUCGUCGCAGGGUCUGGUUGGACAGGAGAAGGCCAGAAAAGCCGCCGCCGUUAUUCUGCAGAUGAUCAAGGAGAGCAAGAUUGCUGGAAGAGCCGUGCUGAUUGCCGGCCCCCCCAGCACCGGCAAGACAGCCAUCGCAAUGGGUAUGGCUCAGUCCCUUGGACCCGACGUCCCAUUCACCUCCCUCGCAUCCUCCGAAAUCUUCUCCCUCGAAAUGUCCAAGACCGAAGCCCUGACACAGGCCUUCCGAAAAUCGAUUGGCGUGCGCAUCAAGGAGGAGAGCGAAAUCAUGGAGGGCGAGGUCGUUGAGAUUCAGAUCGACCGGAGCGUGACCGGCGGCGCCAAGCAGGGAAAGCUGACGAUCAAGACAACUGACAUGGAGGCCGUCUACGACAUGGGCGCUAAGAUGAUUGAUGCCAUGACCAAGGAGCGCGUCAUGGCCGGCGAUAUCAUUUCCAUCGACAAGUCUUCUGGCAAGAUCACAAAGCUCGGCCGAUCCUACGCGCGCUCGCGCGAUUACGAUGCCAUGGGCGUCGACACCAAGUUUCUGCAAUGCCCCGAUGGUGAGCUGCAGAAGCGCAAGGAGGUGGUCCACACCGUCACGCUGCACGAGAUCGAUGUCAUCAACUCGAGGACACAAGGUUUCUUGGCGCUGUUCUCCGGAGAUACUGGAGAGAUCCGCAGCGAGAUCCGCGACCAGAUCAACACCAAGGUCGGAGAGUGGAAGGAGGAGGGCAAGGCCGAGAUUGUUCCUGGUGUUCUGUUCAUCGACGAGGUUCACAUGCUCGACAUUGAGUGCUUCUCAUACAUCAACCGUGCGCUGGAAGACGAUCUCGCGCCCAUCGUCAUCAUGGCCAGCAACAGGGGCAACUCUCGUAUCCGCGGAACGGACUACCGUAGCCCUCAUGGCCUGCCCCUCGACUUCCUCGACCGUGUUGUGAUCAUCCACACCAACACAUACAGCCAGGACGAGAUCAAGCAGAUUCUCACCAUCAGAGCCCAAGAGGAGGAGGUCGACGUCUCGCCCGACGCCCUGGCGCUCCUUACCAAGAUUGGACAGGAAGCAGGUCUGCGCUACGCCAGCAACCUCAUCACGACGUCCCAGCUGAUCUGCGCCAAGCGCAGAGCCAAGACUGUCGAGAUCGCCGACGUCCAGAGGAGCUUCUCGCUCUUCUAUGACCCAGCCCGCAGCGUCAAGUUCAUCUCCGAUUCGGAGAAGCGCUUGAUCGGCAACGAUGGUGCCGUCGACUUUACCGUCACGAAUGGUCACGGCGAUGCGAUGGAGUUGAGCUGA